AUGGCCUCCAUCGUCGAACGUUACGACACGUUUGCCUCAAACCCGUCUAAAAUCUACUCGCCAUUCCCUCAGUCGCGAAGCCUCGACCUCCUCGUUCAUGCCAACGGAUGUCACUUGUGUCACUCUCAACUGCAAUAUCAACUCUGCCAGGGGAGGAACGAGGUUGCUUUCCGCUCAGAAGGGGUCUCAGUGCACCACAAAGGUAAUUCUGCGCUGUCGCUGCCCUCCGCGACUCCUCCAAGCCGUGCCUCCCGAAUCUGCUGA